ACGGGUCUUAGAGUGGCGCGCACAUACGUUUCUUAGUAAUGCUCGCGCAUGCGCAUUGAGAAAGCCAAAGUGAAUUGUGCAAGCGGAGCGAUAUUUUGCGAAUUUUACACGAUAAGCCAAACAAGAAAAUAGCAAAUUUGUGAAAUUAUUUACACAUGUGCAAAAUAUUCAGCUUCAACGUUUAACUAACCGUACUAAACGACUUGCUAGAGUUGAGCAGAGCGCGCGCAUGCGUUGGCCGAAGUGUUGCAAGAUCAAGCGCUUAAAUUUAAAGGCGAAUUGUUCAAUCGUUAUAAAAAAUUAAAUAUUGUGAAUAAAUGCGACGAAUGAAAUAAAAAGUGUUUGAAAAGUAAAUAAUAGAAGAAAACAAAUUUAGUUAAUUUUUAAACUAAAAGAAAGAAAAAAGUGAUAUUUUAGUUAAAAUUAAAAAAAAAAACAAAUAUUUUUAAAGAAAAUAUUGCGUUGAAAAGAGCUCACCAAGUGUUAUACAGAGUACUUACGCUGUAUUUGCCUUCACUAUCAGACAAAGGAAGAACUGACAAACAAAGAAAUGCUAAAAAUCUGCAAAAUAAAUGCCUGUCCGAAUGGCACACUGGGCCUACACCUAAGUCGAGCGCCCUGGGAUCCCUAUCCGUGGGUGAGUGGCAUACAGGAGGGCUCCAGCGCGGAAGAAGCCGGCAUGCGCGUCGGCGAUACAGUGCUGGAGUUCAAUGGCAACGAUGUGCUGGGACAGAAAAUUUUUGAAAUUGCUACUAGAAUACGGGAACAUUGGCAGAGUGGUGCGACCGAUGUAAGCGUGGUGAUUUGGCGCAAUCAAACGGAGGAAGACAGCAGCUGCAGUGAGGACAAUGAUGAAGAUUAUGAGGAAGCGAAUGUAACGAACAGUAGUGAUAGUGAAACGAUGGUUUCGCAGGUGGAGGGGCAACGAAAGCGUGUGCAACGGGCGCAUCAACAGCAUUCCAGCAUUAAUCAGCAGUCACUGCAGAAGUUCGCCACAUGCCUGCAACACAUUGCCCAAUUAUUGGAGUGUCCUGUUUGCCUUGAGGUGAUUCGGCCACCUGGUUGGCAGUGCUGUAACGGACAUGUGUUGUGCAACAACUGCCGCAGUCGUUCGGUCAAAUGUCCGGUGUGUCGUGUGCCGUUAGGACCCAGAGGACGCUGCCUGCUCGCGGAUAAAUUAUUCACCGUGUUGGCUGAGAGUUUUCCCUGUGAUGGCGUUCGGAGCAGUCGAAAUUCCCCAAAGGAGAAGCGCAAAUGUUCACCUGAAUCCAAGGGGCGUCCCAGGGCGACCACGACAGCAAGAAUUCCACAAAAUGAAAACGAUCAGCAACACCCACAUCACCAACACCAACAACAACAGCAACAAAUCAAAGCCAAAGAAAUGCAACAGCAAGAUAAGAAGAAGGUCAAAACUGCUGUUGGUAGCCAAAAGAAUGCGUCGAAUGGAAAAGUUGCUGCCAAAGAAUGCACAGCAACACCAAAUGCUCACGCCGAGGCAGCACAACAAGUGAACAGCACGACUGACAAUUGCAAGGGCAACAACAAAAAGCCAGCAGAGACUGCAGGGGCUAAGGACGGCAGUUCAACUCAACGCUGUCACUGGCAAUGGCGGCGGAGUCGGGCGCGAGUUGGCAAAGAACAGCAGCAACAACAACAACAGCCGGCGAGUGAAGCAUCACAGCAAGUUUAUAAAAGUUACGCAGAUGAGCAAUUGUCCAUCACAGCGUCCAGGGCGGCGACAGCAUUGAGGAGGAUCCCACCAACGGCAAUGACGACGACGACGACGACAAAUGUCAGUUGUUGAAGAGUACAGUCCUAUAACUUAAGAGAACUUGCGCGGGGUUAAGGUGGUCGGGGGUGUUUGUGAUGCAUUUUGUGUAACCAACUGUGGGUUGGAUCGCGCGCGUGGUCGGGUGAGGGGCGUUGAAAGUAUUGCUGGGCGGUUGCAUGUGCGUGGUGUUGUGACGGAAGGAAAUGCGCUGGUCAACAAUGCGCUCGUUAAACUCAAGUUGGAGUCAAGUAAGAAAUCAGCAGAUAACACAAAACAAGGUACAAAAGUCACGAAAUGCUCAACAAAAACGAGCACCAGCCUGAGUGUAUGAAAGUAACAAUUUAAGUCGAAAACUAAAAGUUGAAAUAAAUAAAGUAAAAAAAGUGCAGAGCUGUUGCAGUUGCAAUGAUGAAGUUGCAAAUAGCAACAACAACAACAACAAUAAGUUCUGAAACUAAAAUAAAACAACAUUUAUAAUGCCCAGAUUAGCAGUUGUCGGCAUUAGGCGAGCCGAGCUGAGCCGAGCCGCGUGUGGCACGCCGUUGUGUUUUGCCGCUGGCAGCUACUGCUGGGGAUUAGCAACAAUAUCAAAAUUAUCAUUGUCCAACUGGGAAAUCAUGUGGCAUUUGGAACGUGCAACAUUCAGCACAUUGAAGUGUGGUGAAAAAGCGAACAAAACAAUGAGUGGCGCUGUGCUGGCAAAACAACAACAAUAAUGCUUGCAACAAAUUACGGCAAAUAACAGUAUUGUAACGACGGCACCACCAACAACAACAACAAGCUGAGACAACACAAUAUGUAGUAAGGCAAAAAUCUAGUAGUUGACACAGAGAUGUGGCAACAUACUUUUAGGUACAGUGUGUCAAAAUUGCUUUGAAACUGGCUUAGGUAUUGACUUAUGUGUAUAGUUUAUUUAUAGCACGCCUCCAAUGAUACAUACUUGAUACUUUUUAUCAAAAUUCUGAAAUUUAAGAAGCUGAAAUAUUUUUUUGGAAAAUUUUUGCUUAAUGGCACUAACAAAACUUGUUAUGUAACUAGUUAUGAACUAGUUAUUUAUGUA